GAUUUUAUUUAGCUUUGCUUCAUAUUUGCAUAGCUUUUUUUUCUCCUGUGCCUCAUGUUGCGCAUUUCGCGUGUUGAGUGUACCAUCUUCAGGCGCGCGGUUUUCCUCCGCGGUCAAUUUGAUGAUUUUUCGAAAAUACUUUCACAGGGGAAAACUUCUUGUAGUUCAAAUAUGUUUGACGGUAAUUUCAAGGGUGGCGAUGGUCUCAUAGAUCCUAGUCAGUUGGCGGAUAUGCAUUCCGUGCUGAGUGCGAAUAUGAGCCCUGAGAUGCAGGAUUCUAUGAAAUCAUUUAUGGAUUCCAUACGCACCGGGGAUGGACUGCCUCAGGGAUUUGGUGUCAUGGCCUUUGGUCUAGAUGAAAAUGAAAAGGGUAAAAAGGUGGCUCGUGCGGCGCGGAUGAUGUAUGAUACGAAGAGCGGUAAAGUUGAGAAGGACUUUAUUGAGCAGCAACUUGAGCCGGAUGAUAUGAGCCUACCCAAAGAUACCGUCGGAGACUACAGUACCGAAGGAGCUCUUGAUACUGAGUUUGUGGAGGAUCAGAAUACGAUUGAGACAAAACCGGUGGAACCAAUUUCUGAGGCUGAGAUUUCUAUUGAAAGUGACAACGAAUUCCCUGUGAAGCACUAACCAUUUCCCAUGACAAUUUUAAUACAAGGAAUCUGAUUACACUUUGUUUACUUGAUCCACAUCUUGUUUUCUUUCUGCGUUUUUGUAGCUCAACAUCUUUAUUUUUUUAUCGCCGACGAUUCUAUUCUUCCUGCUUCGAUAUAGUACUCUAGGAUAUUCAGAUUUCGAACACUACAAACUACGGAAAAGGGUUCGAAAAAUUUUUUAUUUGUAUUUUUGAUUUUUUGAGAAGCAACUCAUCUAGCUAAUAUGUUUAGCCUUGUUUCUGUUAUUAUGUCUGUUGAAUUCAAUAGAUAUUUCUGCGAAACCUUUUUUCAUGGCUUGAUU